AUGCUGACGCAGUCCAACGCCAACAACGGUGGCGGCUUCUCCGUGCCGCGGUUUGACUACAACUUCGACCCGCCCGUGCAGUUCGUCUCCGCCAAGGACGUGCACGGCGUCGAGUCGACGUUCCGCCACAUCUACUGGGGCAAUGCAGGUAACCUAUGCCCCGGCCUGCGGUUCAAGAUGGCGUUCAAGACGGAGGACCUGUCGCGGAUCAGCUGGUUCAUGGGCACCAUCGCCGGUGUCGAGGCGGCCAAUCCCGCACGGUGGCCGCAGUCGCCUUGGCGACUCCUUCGGUAA